CGCGGUUCGGUGGGUUGGGGUUGUGCAGUGGAGGUUGGUCGUUCUGUAGCAGCCCUCGUCCGUCCCGCCGGGGGCAGCGCGACCCACGCCGCAUGGAGAUCUCCCUCAAGUGCCUGCCCGGUGGGCGGGCGCCCAGCUGCGGAAAUAUGAUGGCUCAGUCAGAUUUAGAUCUAAAAGAGACGGCUCUAAAAGAGGAUUUGAAGUUUUACUUCAUGAACCCCUGUGACAAAUACAGAGCAAGACACCAGAUACCAUGGAAGCUGGCUUUGCAGAUUUUGAAGAUAGUUAUGGUGACCUCUCAGCUUGUCUUCUUUGGUUUGAGUAACCAGUUGGUGGUUUCGUUCAAAGAGGAGAACACUGUUGCUUUUAAACACCUGUUCCUGAAAGGCUAUUCUGGUGUUGAUGAGGAUGACUACAGCUGCAGCAUAUAUACCCAACAGGAUGCUUAUGACAGCAUAUUUUAUGUUAUUGAUCAGUACAGACAAUUAAAGAACAUAUCCCUGGGGACGCUUGGCUACGAACAUGAUGGAUCAGGCUUAAAAAUUUGUAAACAACAGUACAGGAAAGGUGGGAUGCUUCCUUCCGAUGACAAGCCAAACAUAGAUGUUUCUACAGAAACAGACUGUAUUAUCUUAAAGCCCCAGGAGCUAGCCAGUAAGAACACUGAAGUGAACUUGAACUCUUCAUUCUUCAACCUUGAAUUUUACAGGCUUAUACAGGUUAAAAUCUCCUUCAAGCUGAAAGGUGUUGCCCUACAAACAAUCCAUGCCCGUGAAUUGCCUGACUGCUAUGCAUUUCAAAAUACUAUUACUUUCAACAAUAGAGCUCACAGUGGAAAAAUCAAAAUCUAUUUUAAUAGUGACACUGAUAUUCAAGAAUGCAAAGAAUGGCACAUACUUAGUUCUGUUCUCCAGAAAAACAGCUUGUAUAUCCUAGUUUUUGAUGGAUUUGUCAUCUUAAAUUGCUUAGCAUCUCUCAUCCUCUGCUCACGGUCCGUUGUUCUUGCCUUGAGACUACGACAAAGAUUUGUUAACUUCUUCUUGGAGAAAUACAACCGUUGUGUCAGUUACACUGAUCGCAUGGAGUUCAUAAAUGGCUGGUAUGUCCUGGUAAUUAUCAGCGACGUGAUGACGAUCACUGGGUCAAUCUUAAAAAUGGAGAUAAAAGCCAAGAAUCUCACAAGUUAUGAUGUCUGCAGCAUUUUACUUGGAACAUCAACUUUAUUUGUCUGGGUUGGAGUCAUCAGAUACCUGGGAUAUUUUCAAACUUACAAUGUGCUCAUUUUAACUAUGCAAGCAUCAUUACCCAAAGUGCUAAGGUUUUGUUGUUGUGCUGGGAUGAUUUAUCUUGGCUAUACUUUCUGUGGUUGGAUUGUAUUGGGACCAUAUCAUGAGAAGUUUGAAGACCUGAACACAGUAGCUGAGUGUUUGUUUUCUUUGGUCAAUGGUGAUGAUAUGUUUGCAACGUUUGCACAAAUCCAGCAGAAAAGCAUGUUGGUGUGGACGUUCAGUCGGUUAUAUCUGUAUUCCUUCAUUAUUCUGUUUAUAUACAUGAUCCUCAGCCUUUUUAUUGCUCUGAUCACCGAUGCCUAUGACACCAUAAAGAAAUACCAACAAAGUGGGUUUCUAGCAACAGAUCUACAUGAAUUUCUAAAAGACUGUGGCAAUGUUUCUUACAGAAAAGAACAAACUUCCAUGCCUUUUAUCUGCUGCUGUAGAAGACAACAAAGUGAUGACAACUUAAUACUUAUCAAUUGAUGAUUAUUGAAAUUCACCACUAAUAUGUGCAAAGAAAGCAUAGUUAUAUGGAGAAAAAUAAUUCUCCGAAUUGCAAUGGAGCCCAUUAUCUGGACCUGCCUCAAUGUGAACAGGCUGAUCUUAACUAAUUGACGUGCUGGGGGAAGAAAAGCCAGUAAUGUGACACCAGCUGACUGACCAGGAUGAGAGCCCAGAAGCUUUAUUUGGAGGAGAGCUGUCAAGAACUGUAUUUGUGCCCCGAGUUCUGUCACAGUAAAGAAGACCAAUCCACAGAGAAGUGUCUAUGGCUGUUUGCUAAACACCUCUAAGAGAAAAGAAAGUGGUGCAGAUCCAGCAGUUCUUCAUGAAGAAUAUAUGAAUGACAUUUAAAAGUAAUUCCAUAGUAAAAAAAAAAACCAAACAAAAACCCCACAUGUUAAAAGGGGACUAUUGGCAACUACAACUAUUGGCAAAAAAGAAGGAUUCACUUCUCUUUAAAUGAUACAUUCAACAUUGAGACUGUAAUUAGCACAAUUCAUUACCCUGAAAUCAGCUCUAUAGUUUUACACGAGUUUCACAGAAGUGCAAAGUAAUUGCUGUUUUGUUGUUCUCCCUUUUGUAAAUGUUUUAAUAUAUCACUUAUAGAUCACAAUCUUUUCUUAACAGUUUUUACUGAAAAGAAAUUUGUUGGUUUUGUUGUUGUGAGGCUUCUUUAUUGUGCUAUUUUGCCUGCAGUAUUUGAUGUACAGUGUGCCUAAAUUAAACUUACUGCUUUAAUUAUAGGUAAUUUUUUUUUUGUGUGGUUAAAAACUUCCAUAAUAGGCAUAAUUUAAAGAAUGAUGAAAAGAUUAUUUAUUUUUCACAAGCAAACUGAAAUACCAUUCUACUUGCUUGAGUAGGACUUGUGGCAGCGUGGUUUAGAGUAAAAAGGAAAUGACGCUGGCAAAACUUCUACAAAAUCCUUACCUUCCUGACAGCUGUUGCUUACAGAAGAUUCAUCCUCAAAAUGCUGCCUAUUGCUGUCUGGCAGGAAGAAGUCUUCGAGAGGACUUGCUGGGAGCUUGCUGUGCAAUAAGAUAAUGGUUAGAAACUAACUAGAAUUUGGUAAAUUGAUGUUCUGUUAUUUACAGGCAGUAAAAUUAACUAAAACACAAUGGUUGAAAAGGAAAUACUUGCUAGUGGUGUUGUCCAAAGCUUCUGCUUUUGUUGACAGCACUACUGGUUUACCUGCAGUAGGUAAGGCCCUAGACAUAAAAGUCUGACUUGCUGCCUUUGAACAAAGCUAUGAGAAGUUCAGAAAUGUUUCACUUGAUACAGUUAGGCACCCUGGAUGGGACACAGACCCACAAUUGCUGGCUUAGGAGGCAAAUGCACUCUAUUCAGUAGUGCUCCUGUGAAGCCUAUAAUGGACAUAUGAUGGAAGAUUCCAACCCAGCUGCAGCCUUCUUAGCUGUAAUCACCUCUGAGCUCUAGAGAUGUGAUCUUUGAUUGUACUGUAGACUGGCCAGCACUUGAUACAAAAGGCAGGAGAGAAAAUAAUUUGCGCAGCUCUAAGGCAGGAUAGCAUGUUGUAAAAGUCUGAAAACAAUUGAGGUUCUAGAAUGUGCAAGCCCUUGGAUGCUUUUCUUAGGCCAGAUAGUGUUUUAGUAAUCUGGGGAGAAAGGUUAGAGGCCUGGUGCAUAUUUGAACAGAUCACUAA